AAGUCUCUGCCGCGGAAAGUAGUCCCGGACCACGCAGGUUCCAAAGGGCGGAGGGAAUGAGAGGGAGAGGAAGCUCGGAAUUUCCUGGAGCAUGAGUCCCAGGAGCGGCAGCCGCUUAGCCAAUCCCUGGAAAGGAGAGCAUUGUCAGCUCGGCCCGCAGAUCCCUCCGCUCGCGUUCGCCGUGCUGAGGCCGAGGGGGCCGCCAUUUUGGAUGCUUAGUCUUGGUUCGAGAAUCUGUUUCUGCUGUUUGCACGCCUGGAUUUGGCCAGGAGGAACAGCACAGCAUGCUGGGCUCUGGAUUUAAAGCUGAGCGUUUACGAGUCAAUUUGCGAUUAGUCAUAAACCGUCUUAAACUACUGGAGAAAAAAAAAACGGAACUGGCCCAGAAAGCAAGGAAAGAGAUUGCUGACUACCUGGCUGCUGGGAAAGAUGAGCGAGCUCGGAUCCGAGUGGAGCACAUUAUACGGGAAGACUACCUCGUGGAGGCCAUGGAGAUCCUGGAGCUGUACUGUGACCUGCUGCUGGCCCGGUUUGGCCUCAUUCAGUCUAUGAAGGAGCUAGAUUCUGGUCUGGCUGAAUCUGUGUCUACGCUGAUCUGGGCUGCUCCUCGACUCCAGUCAGAAGUGGCUGAGUUGAAAAUAGUUGCUGAUCAGCUCUGUGCCAAAUAUAGCAAGGAAUAUGGCAAGUUAUGUAGAACCAACCAGAUUGGAACUGUGAAUGACAGGCUAAUGCACAAACUGAGCGUAGAAGCUCCGCCUAAAAUCCUGGUGGAAAGAUACCUGAUUGAAAUUGCCAAGAACUACAAUGUGCCCUAUGAACCUGACUCCGUGGUCAUGGCAGAGGCUCCUCCUGGAGUAGAGACAGAUCUUAUUGAUGUUGGAUUCACAGAUGAUGUGAAGAAAGGGGGCCCUGGAAGAGGAGGAGGAGGGGGCGGGUUCACAGCCCCAGUUGGUGUACCUGAUGGAGCAGUGCCAAUGCCUAUGCCCAUGCCCAUGCCCUCUCCAAGUACUCCUUUCUCAUACCCUCUUCCAAAGGGACCAUCGGAUUUCAAUGGAUUGCCAAUGGGGGCUUUUCAGGCCUUUCCCAAUAUUCAUCCACCUCAGAUACCAGCAGUUCCCCCAUCGUAUGAAUCUGUUGAUGACAGUAAUGCUGAUAAGAAUGUCUCUUCUGCACAGAUUGUUGGUCCUGGAUCUAAGCCAGAAGCCUCUGCAAAGCCCCCUUCCAGACCCGUGGAUACGUAUGACAACUUUGUACUACCAGAGUUGCCGUCUGUGCCAGAUACGCUACCAUCUGCUGGUGCCAACACCUCAGCAUCUGAGGACAUUGAUUUUGAUGAUCUUUCCCGGAGAUUUGAAGAGUUGAAAAAGAAAACAUAGGCCUCUUAAACCAGGCAACGUCAAAAUUCUGGGAGUUGAGACUGAGUACUUUCUCAUUGUAACAAAGAAAUCUCCAUGAAAUUCUGUUCCAUCUCUUAACCAUCACUGAGCACACUCUUCCUCUGGGCUCUCUUCCUGUUCUACCAAACUGUGCAGCUUGCCAGUUCUUUAUUGCUCCUAACAGACAAAUGACUGGAGACACUAUGAGGCCAGACCAGCUGACUCCUGUAAGCCAUGCUUAUCUGUUUCCCGUCAGUAUGAUCCCAGGUUCUCCUUGCUUGUUCCACAAAGCAUUGUGGAGAAAGCUGAUCAAGAUGGAUGGGCUGUGGAAGAGAGUACUUCAGGAAGUGUCUCAGCCCUGAGAUGAGGUACUUAGAAAAUAAACCCAUCUGUAUAGAGGCAUUUGUGGUGAGCGAGGAUCAAAGCUGAGACAAAUGGAGAAAAUGACGCAGGAAGCUGCUGUAAUGGUUCUUGGAAGCUGGGUCCUGUAAUUGGCAUAUACACUACUUGCUGCAGGGCAAUGUUCCACCUGGAUCCAGUUGCAAAGUUAAAGGCCUCUCUCAUUUCCACUGGAUUCACAGGGAGCCCUUGUGGCCUUUUUCUUUGAGUGCUGCACUUCCCUUUUACCAGAGGGCAGCACUGUGUAAAUUACUGUUUUUCCCAUUGCAUGUUCUGUUGGAUCGCAUUCCUAAGGCAGGACAGGCCACGAAAUGGGCAGAAGUCACCAUUCAAGGCUAAGGUAGGCUUCCAGGUGCCUUAAUAGAAGUAUUCAAGUCUUUUGAAUAGUGAGCUGGAAGGCCUACAGAAGAGGGGUUCCUGUUUUCAUUUGAAAACUUUAUGAUUUAAGAACCUUUAAAAACUGAUCUCAAAUUUUGGUGCCCAUGUGGCUAUAGUUUCCUGCUUUCCUCGAUGGAGGGAGACUAUUACAUUGUAACAAACAUGCUCCUCUGUUCCCUAGCUAAGGUCAUCUUUUCCCACGGGGAUGGCUUUGGGAUUGGAAGAUAACGACUUUGGCUUCUAUGUAAAGUAUCUGUGUAUACCUCUGUUUCGAGUACCUUUUCUUUAAUGUUUUUUGAUUGGUUUGUAUCUCAUAGCUCAGCAGCUGAUAAUAAAGUUUAAAAUUGUGUGCCCUG